AUGGCUGAUGAUAUUCAAAAAGUUAAAAAGGAUAUAGCUUUAAAUCAUGCAGUGAUAUUUAUUGGUACAGGUGUAUCUGUUUAUACAACAAACGGUGAACAAGAAGUUUCUCAUUGGAAAGGAUUAUUAAAACAAGGACUUCAACGAUGUCGCCAAGCAGGAUGGAUAAGUGAGAAAGACUUUGAAGAUUUCAAUAAAAAGUUUGACAGUAAUACAGCAGAAGUUGAUGACUAUCUAGCAGCUGCUGAUCGAAUUAAGUCUUGUUUUAAAAAGGAAACUGAUGAGACGAAAGAUGAUAUUUACAAAACAUGGUUAAUAGAAACAGUAGGAAAAUUAUUCCCAAAAAAACCGGAACUCAUCAAUACUAUAGGAGAAUUAGAAUGUCCAAUUCUAACAACUAAUUAUGAUUCACUUCUUGAAGGUAUACUUAAUAAACAACCAUUAACUUGGAACAGAUAUCGGACUGAUGUUAUUAGCAAUUCGCUAGAGAAUCUGAAAAGUUACAUCCUACAUGUCCAUGGUUAUUAUGAAAAUCCAGAUAGUAUAAUUUUUAGUAGUGACGAUUAUAAUCGAAUUCGUGAAAAUAAAUUUACACAAUCAAAAUUCAAAGCACUUAUAGAAUCAAAAACUUUGUUAUUCAUUGGAUAUGGCGCUGGAAUGUCUAAUCCAAAUUUUUCGAAUUUAUUGAAAUGGAUAUUUCGUAUAACAGGUGACAAACCACUUUCAAUUUAUAAACUUGUUAAAUCAAAUAAAAAUAAAACUUUUAAUCAAUUAUCAAAUGUUUUAUUUCUGGAGAAUAUCAAAGAAAUUCAAUAUGGUAAUACUUCAGAAGAUUUAGUAU